AUGGAAGAAGUUUACCAGAUGCCUGCAAUGCCUUCCUCCACGUCUGUACUUCACAAGUUCCUGGCACUCAUCAUGGUAGUAAUAUCAUGGAUCUUGAUCCAUAGAUGGAGUCAAAGGAACCAUAAAGGCCCGAAGACAUGGCCUAUCAUCGGAGCAGCCAUCGAACAACUAAGAAACUAUGAUCGAAUGCAUGACUGGCUUGCUGAAUACCUAUCUGUGUCGAAGACCAUAACUGUCUCAAUGCCCUUCACAUCUUUCACCUACAUUGCAGACCCAGCAAAUGUAGAGCAUGUCCUCAAGACCAACUUCAACAAUUACCCCAAGGGAGAGUUGUAUCGAUCAUACAUGGAUGUCUUGCUGGGUGAUGGGAUCUUCAAUGCAGAUGGAGAUAUGUGGCGGAAGCAGAGGAAGACUGCAAGCUUUGAGUUUGCUUCCAAAAACCUGAGGGAUUUCAGUACCAAAGUUUUUAGAGAAUAUGCUUUGAAGCUCUCUAAUAUAUUGUGCCAAUCAUCAAUAAAUAACCAAGACAUGGACGUGCAGGACCUGUUCAUGAGAAUGACAUUGGACUCCAUAUGCAAGGUUGGGUUUGGAGUUGAAAUUGGAACACUGUCUCCCAACCUGCCUGAUAACAGCUUUGCUCAAGCAUUUGAUGCUGCUAAUAUAAUUGUAACGCUCCGAUUCAUCGAUCCCUUCUGGAGGAUAAAGAGAUUUCUUCGCACAGGCUCGGAGGCUCUACUUGAACAAAGCAUCAAGGUGGUGGAUGAAUUUACAUAUGAUGUGAUUCGAAAGAGAAAAGCAGAGAUUGAGAGAGCCCGAGCUAGUGGAAAGCACAAACAGAUCAAGCAUGACAUACUAUCUAGAUUUAUUGAGCUGGGAGAGGAGCCUGACAGUGGUUUCAGUGAUGAAAAAAGCCUUAGAGAUGUGGUCCUCAACUUCGUGAUCGCGGGAAGAGAUACAACGGCAACAACCCUCUCGUGGUUCAUCUACAUGGUCAUGACCCACCCUGCUGUGGCUGAUAAGCUUUACUUUGAGCUCAGGGCCUACGAAGAAGAACGAGCCAAGGAAGAGAAGGUCAAGGUGAUUUCAUAUGUUACCAAUGAUGUCAAAUCCUUCAGAAGCAGGGUAGAUCAGUUUGCAGAGCUUCUAAAUUAUGAUUCCCUGGGAAGAUUGGUAUACUUGCAUGCAUGCAUCACCGAGACACUUCGACUGUAUCCUGCAGUUCCUCAGGACCCAAAAGGUGUCCUAGUGGAUGAUGUUUUGCCAGAUGGAACCCAAGUUAAAGCUGGUGGAAUGGUUACCUAUGUUCCAUACUCUAUGGGAAGAAUGGAGUACAAUUGGGGGCCAGAUGCUGCAUCAUUUAGGCCCGAGCGAUGGUUCAAAAAUGGCAUGCUCCAAAGUGUAUCACCAUUUAAAUUCACAGCUUUUCAGGCUGGACCUCGGAUAUGUUUGGGCAAGGAUUCUGCUUAUCUCCAGAUGAAGAUGACACUCGCCAUCCUCUGCAGGUUCUUUACAUUCACCCUGGUGCCAAAUCAUCCAGUGAAAUAUAGGAUGAUGACCAUACUAUCAAUGGCUCAUGGGUUAAAGAUCCAUGUUUCCAGACGUGCAUAGCUAUG